AUGGCGACUAGAAAGGCUCUUGCACCGAAACUUUACAAGAGGUUUCUACAAGUUUGUGAGCUAUGGCCUGUCGACCAAAACCGCUUAGGAAGAGAUCUUGGAGAGCAUCUUAAAGGCAACCUUGUUCCACGCAUCAAGAAAUCCCAAAUAGAUGUGAGUAUUAGGGGAACCUGAUUCUUAGUGCUUAUGUAACGUUACCACAUGUACAGCCUUUUCGAGGCUUUAAAGGUUUGCCGGAAGUUUUAUUAUCCAUUCAUAGAAAUUUGUUUUCAGAUUGAAGAUGUAAUUUGAUAUUAUAGCAGAGGAAAAAGAGAUAUUAAGAUUGUAAAUGCCAUAACAUGACCUGUUGCACAUACAUGUACAUGGUGGUACAAACAUUGGUUAUUUACAUGUGAGACAAUCAUUUAAGAUACCUGAUCAUAUUUCCUUCAGUCAAAAGAGGCAGAGAAGAUGCUUGACAGCCUCAUCAAGAUAAGCUCAAACUACUACAGAAAUAAG